AUGAACAACGUUUCCUUCCAGCAUCCCACGGGGAAGACGCCACAACUAGGAGCACACUACUACCACACUGGAAGCGUGGACUUGAUGCAAGAGCUUCCCGACAGACCACCAAGGGCAUUCAACUUCACUGACGAAGCCUUAAUCCCGUAUGGGUCCAAGGAGAUGCGCCUAGAGCCAUCGUAUAAGGCCACGGUGGUGCAGACCACAGCAGUUCUACAGGGCGAUUCCGACCCGAUGCAUCUACAUGGUCACAACAUGAUCCUUCUUGCACAGGGGUUUGGUAACUUCGAUGCCUUGAAAGAUGUUGCAAAAUACAACUUGGUGAAUCCACCGGUGAAGAACACCGUACUUGUCCCAAAUCUUGGGUGGGCUGCCAUCCGAUUUGUUGCGAACAAUCCAGUAUUGAUUGUGGAGGAUGGUCCAACAGUGGACAAUCUAUCGCUCGACCACCUGCUCAUUUUAUAA